GUUCUUGCUUCUGCAGCUUGCUCUCCUCACCGACCUUUGCGGAGUAGAGAGUUGCAAGGAGAGGAUGGGCCGUGGCCGCGGCGUGAGCUACGGUGGAGGGCAGAGCUCGCUGGACUACCUCUUCGGCGGCGGCGGCGGCGGCGGCGGGGGAGCUGGGGUGCCGCUCAAGCCGACGGCGGAGCAGAGGCCACAGCCGGCUGCGGCGGCCUCCGCCGAUGACAGGCUCAAGGAGGUCCCGGCCGGCGUCCGGGGCAGCCAGACCAACAACUACUUCCGGGCGCAGGGGCAGAACUGCGGCAACUUCCUCACGGAUCGCCCGUCGACCAAGGUGCACGCGGCUCCGGGCGGUGGCUCGUCGCUCAGCUACCUCUUCGGCGGCGGCGCCGGUGGCAAGUGAUGGUCACCGCCGGUUCAGAGCUGAGCUCGCUCAACAGCAACGCGUAUUCGCAAUUGCACGCUUGAUUAGUAGUUCAUAACCUGCUUGUCCUACGGUUUCCAAGAACUGUUCAUGUGUGUCUCUGUAAUUUUACUGGUAUCCCUGUGUGGUAUGUCCGCAGCUACUUAUCAUAUGAGUACCAAAAACUGACCUGUCCUGCCGUGCAUG